ACACUGAGCAACUGAUUUGGAUAACGCUGCGAGCAAAAAGCUUCCAUUAUUUCAGAGAAUCCGCCAUUGAUAUCCAGAGGAACUUCCAUGGCUAUCUCUUCACUCUCUGCUACUAUAAUUCCAUCUCCUUCACUAUUUGUUCCCUUAUCAUCCCUUCAUCCUAAACCGAGAUUUCUUCCCUUCUCUGGUUCCUCUUCUACUGCUUUAAAGCUCAAACCCCUCCAUUUUUCGUUGCCAUCGUCUAGGGUUUAUGCUGCUCCCGAAGUUCUAGACUCCUCCGAUGCCAACGAACCGCCUCCGGAAAUCCUGGAGGACUCCGGAGCUGCCACUCUCGAGGGUGAAGAUUUUGAAGCGCCUGGAACUUCAGCAUUCAGCAUUGGUGAGGAUGUGGAUAAGCUGGCGCCAAAGCAGAAAAUUAGAAUUAAACUAAGGUCUUACUGGGUUCCCCUCAUUGAAGACUCUUGCAAGCAGAUAAUGGAUGCUGCAAGGAACACAAAUGCAAAAACCAUGGGUCCCGUGCCAUUACCUACAAAAAAGCGCAUCUAUUGUGUUCUUAAAUCUCCUCAUGUUCAUAAGGAUGCUAGAUUCCAUUUUGAAAUCAGAACCCAUCAGCGCCUAAUCGAUAUUUUGUACCCGACUGCCCAAACGAUCGAUUCGUUGAUGCAACUAGACCUUCCAGCUGGUGUUGAUGUGGAGGUCAAGCUAUAAAGAGAAGAGCUUCACCAAGGUAAUGGGUAUCUGAGGAUGUAACUAUUGAUAUAUAUCAGAGCAUGAAAUCGUGUAAACGAUAACAAUGGAACGGGUCGUAGAGACGAUAGCUGGUCCUUACGUUAUGUUUUUCUUUGUUGGUUCUUUGCUGCUUUGCAGUCUCUUAUCGAUCAUUUGUAUUAUUUUUUUUCUUCUUUUUGUACUUAAUGGAGCAAUGAAAAAUGGUGGAAUUCAAGGCCUCACAACAUUUGUCAAUAUGCAUGGUUUGGUUGACUA